UACACCAACUUAUCGCAUCUCCCUCUUCUCAAACGAGGCCGAGAAAAGCAGCGGAAAGGAGCUUACGGCGAGGGAAGAUUUAUCCGACAACAAUGGUCAAGGUUUUGACUUACUUUGGUAUGACAUUAGCUGCUUUCGCCUUCUGGCAAUCCAUGGACAAAGUUCAUGUCUGGAUCGCUCUCCAUCAAGACGAAAAGCAAGAAAGAAUGGAGAAGGAAGCGGAGGUAAAGCGGGUUAGAGCAGAGCUGCUAAGGAAAGCAAGAGAGGAGGAUCCUCUUGCCUGAUCUUCUUCAGUUAUGUUUUGGCUCUCUGAUCACAUCAAUGCACUUCUCCUUUACAUUUUUUUUCUUAACUGUUAUGGACCCAAAUGGAGUUUGCAUAAAAACGACAGUGCCAUAUAUACGCUUUGAAUGUGAGAUGAUCAUGAAUAAUGGUUCCUUGUUGUCUCUCAACCAAUGAAUCACUAGUGGAGAAGUAUCAGGAUCUGCUUGCUUUUUGCCUUCCUAAAUCUGGUACUGUAAUUGACUAAUUGUGUAUCAUGGAUUCUGCGUUCAUGCACAAGUUAAGGAGGUUUCACAUGCCA